AAUGUGAUGACAUUUGAUAUUUAAAAGGAAAUUUAAGCAGGCUUUGUCAUUUUUUACCUGUAAUUCUGGUUGAUAUAAAUGUUAUAGCCUUGCUGAACAAGAUCUAGGUGUUAGCUACUGAAAUCCUUAAUGUCAAAUAUCCCUUAUGUCAAAUAUUCGUUACUGAAAUGUAUUUACUUAUUGUUGUACCGAAGUGAUCCUGUGUUAAAAGAGAUGGUAACUUAUUUAGAUGGAAUACAUUAAUAGUUAGAUGUUUAUACUUUUAGAUCUGAGGAAGUCAAAAUGGUGGAGGUAAUAUCAGAAAGAGACACAUGUUCCGUUUUAGUGGACAUGCAUGACUGGUAUCAACGUUACAUAUUAGCUGGAAUCAAUAUCUUUUUUGCUUUAAUAGCAAGCACUGGUAAUACAAUUAUCAUACUUUCAGUUCUAAAAUCAGGCACACUUCGUUCGCAAGCACCGACAUGUUUUAUAAUUUCAUUGGCGAUAGCUGAUUUGCUAGUUGGAGCAGUGGUGCAACCAUUAUACUCUAUCAUAUUAAUUGAUUGGUCAACUGGAACGUGCAUGAUCGAACCUUACAAGUUAUAUAUAGGUUAUUUUACGUGUUCCAUUUCUAUCAGUAGCGCCAUGUUUGUUUGUCUCGAUCGAAUGCUAAAAAUUUGUUUUCCUUUUAAGUACGUAACAUACGUCACAAAUAAUCGAGCCCUGUUUGCUGUGAUUUCCAUAUGGUUGUGUGGGGUAGGAAUUGGUUACAUGAGCGUGUUUUUUGAAGAGAAAAAAUUUAUCGCCUUUGGAACUUUAGCCUGGAUUUUUAACGCUAUUUUGGUGGGAAUAUAUUGCUCCGUUAAAAUAUAUAAAGUCGGAUGCCGGCAAAUUAAAGAGAUUAAUCAUAACUGUGUGGAAGGCAAGAAAAACAUCAUGCGCGAACGAAAAUUGGCUGCCUCUUUAAUAUGUGUACUAGCUGCCGUGCUUUUUUUCUGGUUUCCAUUUGUCAUUGUGAACGUAUGUGUGUUAUUUCUUUAUACAUCCAAGAACUGGUUUCAUUUCUUUGUAGCAAGAGCAUGGACGAUAACAUUUGGUUACACUAACAGUAGUAUGAACAUUUUCAUUUUUAGUUUUAAAAACAGAGACAUUAAAAAAGCUAUUAGAAGUUUUUUACGUUUAAACAAACGACCAAGGCUGAAUCUAUCAACGAAUACCGUCACAUCUAGUUGUGAAAGUCCGAAACAUUUAGAAAUGAACUCAAUAACAAAACGGACUUAUGGUAGCACUGGUAAAUUGAGCAUAAACAGUAUUCAGCCUAAAUGACAAAAAAUUGGAAAUAAAAUGAAAUAUUGGCAUAUGGAUAUUAAAUAUAUAUUGGCACUAUAUUGCAUGUCAUUUUAGAAUUUAAAAAGAAUAAUUUCAGCCCGAAAGCAGCACAGAUUAUGGAAUAUUUUGUAUUAUAAAUUAAAAUUGGUUAAAUUGUCUCUAACAGUUUUUUUAUUGUGGCGAGCUGAUAACAAUAUAAAUAAGAAUGCU